GCACAUAUAUGUAACCCACUGAUCCACUCAGUGUGCUUAGGGCUGAACACUUGAGACUGGGUAGCUUCUCUCUAUCCAGGAGACUGCUGAUGGUUGUCCUUCCUCAGGAGGCAUUGACUGCUGCAGCUCCUCGUCUAGUGGUGGGGCCUUGUGAAAUUUCCUCUAUUCAUGGUGGUGUGUCAUCUGCAGUUGUCAUGGUACAGGUCUUGUGGAGGCCACCAUAUUGUUGUGAUUUCAUGAGUGAAAUGUCUCUGCCCUGUCUAGCUCAUGGCAAGCAUCCACCUCGCUUCUCUAACUCUUAAAAUCUUUAUACUCCAUCUACUAAGAUGUUCCAUGUGCCUUAGCUAUAGAGAGUGUGUUAUAGAUGUACCCAUUGGAGCUGCACACCCCAUGGUCACUUAUUCUUUACAUUUUAACCAAUUGUGGGUCUCUAGUAGUUUGUGUCAGCUGCAGAUACCCAGCUCUUUACCGGACUCUCACAAGCACCUCACAGUCAUAUGGCAAAGACAGACAGCCCAUCACCUUUCUCUAGACCCAAAUCUUUAGCCCUCCAGCUAGUGAAACUAUUGUCUUAUCACCUAAACAGUGCUCUAGAAUUGUCUUCAAAUCUCACAUUUUGCUUCAUUUUACAUAGCCAAGAAAUCAUUAAGCUUUUAAAAAGUCACAUUACUUAUUUGGAGGGAUGACAUAUGCUACAGUGUGCAUGUGGAGGUCAGAGGAUACUUGGAAAAGUCAAUUCUCUCCUACCAUGUGGGUCCUGGAGACUGAAUUCCAGCCAUCAGGCAUGGCAGGAAAUGCCUUUCUGCUAAGUUAUUUCAAUGGCUUCAAACCUUUAACUCGUUUUUCAAGCCCAGUUCCCUUUUCAGUUUUCACUUGCCUACCUAUAUGUCAGAUAAUCUUUUGGAAUGAAAGACUUGUUUUCUCUACACACACAAUUUUAAUUCCUUGAAUUCAUUUAUCAUACACAACUAAUCUUUCUGAAAUAUGUGUGUAUAUGUGGUAUAUGUAUGUAUGUGUGUGUGUGUGUAUCUGUGUCAACUAUAAACACUUAAAAUUACUAACAGCUCCCUGACAUCACAACCACCUGUAACUCAAGCUCUAGUGCCCUCUCUGGCCUCCAAGAACACCUGGACACAUGUGAUGUACAUAUAUAUACCCAGACAAGCAUGCUCUCACCUAUACACACAGCCAUACACACAGACAAGACAAUAUUUUUUUUAAAGAAAGCCCAUUAGCAAGAAAAACACUGCAACCCCAAGAGGGGGAAAAAAUGUGCAACAGCUAUGAAUAAGCAGUUUAAAAGAGGAAAUCCACAAGGCCAUUGAGUAAUGUUCAAGCUUGCUGCUAAAGCUGGUGACCAGAGCCAGAUCCCCCAGACCCACGGGUGAAAGGAGAGAACCAACCAACUCUUACAAGUUGUCCUCUGACCUCUACACACAUAUCAUGACACAAAUCUGCUUGCACAUUGUGCACACACUCAUACAAUGUAAUUCUAAAACACCUUUUAAAAAAGAAAUGUUCCAGUUCAACCCAGAAUAUUGUGUUGUGUAGCAAUACUCACAGCAGUAAAGAGACUAAGAAUGAUCAUGAGACUGAAGGCUUAACUUGACUUUAUAAUUAGAACAGUUUUUUAAAAAUCGUCAAACUCAAUAAUUUAGACAAAACCAGAAUAAAAUGUUAACACCAUAUCUGUGUGCUGGCACACACCUUUAAUUACAGCACCUAGGAAGGGGAAGACAAGACAAAUCUGUGAGUUCAAGACCAGCCUGCUCUACACAGAAAGUUCCAGGAUGGAUCUACUUCAUGUUCCUGGGGAAGCCUGAAUUAUUUGACAAAUGCAGUCUUCACUUCUCCUAUGCAAUAAUGCAGUGUUGUGGUAUAGUUCAGGGAAAGUUAGGUUCUACAAAAUUGGACUUUUACAUUGUAUUUGCUUUCUAAACUACUUAUCUCUGAAAGUUAGUUCAGGUAUUGUGUAUAUUGAACCAUGAGCAUUUUCUUAAAGAUUAGAAUGCUGAAUGACAGAAAAGAGUACACAGGCCUGACCUAUGGAGAUUGUAUCAAAGAACUGAGCAGAGAUUGACGUAUGUAGCUCACUUUGAACGGCCCACUCUUAGUGAUACCCUGUAAAUUACAGAUCAUCUUGUUCAAGCCAUCAGGUGUACAUUGUGAAUGGAAGUGGAUGCGCCCUGUUCAGUCAUCUCAGGAAAGGCUUGGGUGAAUAGGGAAGUAGGAGAGAAUUUCUUCUCAUCUGCAGGUGGUUGAGUCACAACCAGGUUAAGUUCCUGCUUAAAAGACAUAAAUGAUAUUCUAUAUUCAGGACCAAUCAUGAAUGACUGUGACCUGAGAAUGGUUAGGAUUACCCUGGAAGACUUACACUGUAAAGAAAGAGGUGAUGGAAACUUACAGUUGCAGAAUGAAAAGUCUAAAUCAAUGCUUUGAUCAGAUACAAUAGUGGGGACAUCAGGUAGGUGGGAGUCAGCAGACUGGUGAGACUGUUACAGUUCAUAUGUUUAUCAUUCUUAGCUUUAGAUUUGGUUGCAGCUUGUAGUCUGCUGAGUUUAACAAUACAUUCCAAGGUUUUACCUAACAGUCAUAAAGAUGUCACUUCAGAUGCAGAGGUUGGUGGUAAGCCACUAUAAAGGGACUGAGGAUAACACAAUUAUGAAACUGUAGAAUGCAGGACCUUCAACCUUUACAGAACUUCACUUCAGAGUUAAUUGUAGAACUUUGUGAAAUGAACGUGGGGGUGUCCACUUCUAAGAAAUCAGCAAGAGCUCUGCAACAGGAAGAACUUCUGGUUGUAGAUAGAUAAGAUUGGGCUCCUAAAUUUUGGUGUCAGUGAUAAAUUGCCAUCUUCAUUUGACUUUGUAAUUAUCAUACUAUGUCGCCCAGGCUAGCGUGGGACUAUGUAGAACAUGCUGGCCUCAGACUCAACAGAGAACCGCUGUCUGUGCUGCCAGAGUGCUGGGAUUAAUGGCCUGGGUCAUCACACCUUGCCUUGGCUAUACAUAAAAAACAAAACCCGAAGUAAACUAAAACCUUAACGUUUGUAUUUCUAGCUGGGCGUGCUGGUGCACGCUGGUGUAAAGGAAGAUCCUACUUUAAGGCCAACCUGGGGUUACAUCGUGACACCAUGCACCACCCCCAAAAACUUCAAACUUUUUCCCUCAGUUGAUGUUCACUUGUAUUUGUUACCUGCCCACCAUUCUGUGGCUCGUUUGCAAGUAAUUAGCCUUUAGAUAUGUUUAGUUUAGUUUUACUUAGACAAGGACAGGUAGCCCAAGAUGGCCUGGAACUCAUCCUACCCCCAACCCCGUUCCGGCCCUCACCCCCAUUCAGCAUCCCGGAGUUGUAUGCUACCACCGUCGGCAGGUAACCUAUUGUUUUGCCGUCUUCUCUCCACACUGUCUUUUGAUUUCUAAUCGGGAGGGGCCCUUGCCGUUUGAGUGGGCCUCUCCAGGGAGAUUCUCUGAAGGCCGUUUGAAGCUGGGCGGAUGGCAGGACACGACUAAAAAGCGUCGCAGCCAGAGAACACUGUGCCUCUCGAAAGGAAAAGCAACUACGCUAGCGCCGGCCCUAGAUCCCGCUGUCCUGAACCCCUCCUGCCCCAUCCCCCGCCCGUCGUAUCGGUCUGACGUCCAAGUGCGCCAUCCCACUGUCUGCUCCGGCGGCACCACCCCCGAGGCCCUCCACGCGCGCACACAGGAGCCGGAAAUCCGGAACACGUGACCAGGUGACAGCGCUCGCGCGGCGCUCGCUUGAUGUGCUGCGGCACGGGAUGGCGGAGGCGCCUCCGGUCUCAGGCACUUUCAAAUUUAAUACAGAUGCUGCUGAGUUCAUUCCUCAGGAGAGAAAAAAAUCUGGUCUAAAUUGUGGAACCGAAAGAAGACUAGACUCUAAUAGGAUUAGCAGAAGAAAUUAUAGUUCCUCACCUCCCUGUCACCUUCCUAGACAGGUCCCUUAUGAUGAUAUCUCUGCUAUUCAUCAGCAUAACUAUGACUCUGGAAUCAAACCUAAGAGUCAGCAGCUUUUCUUCCAGUCAUCUAAUAAAUCCCUCAGAAAUCAUGGCUUUCCAAACCAGCCAUGGCAGAGAUUAAGGAAUGAGAAGCUCCAGAGCAGAGUCAAGAAAGCACAAGGGCUCACUGAGCAAACAUCAGACACAUCGAGUUUAGAAAGUAUAGCCAGAUCAGAGAGUGGCGCACCCCCUAGAGAGCACAGCCCUCCGGAGAGUGAGAAGGAGGUGGUCAUUGCAGAUCCCAGGGGAGCGAAACCCAAGAAGGCAGCACAGCUUACCUACAGCUAUGGCAGAGGACCAAAGGCCAAAGGGAAACCCAAGUUCGAGUGGGGUAACAGAAUGAGUCCUAAGUCUGAGGAUGAAUGUACCAGGCCUGUGGGGAUUUCCCACACUGACUCUUCAGAUGCUUCCUGUAGAAAAGCUGUAGUGGAUGGAUGUGUGUCCAGACGGAAUGAGCAGAGAAGAUUCCUGCAGAAGAGGCCUCCUUGGGAAGUGGAGGGGGCCAGACCACGACCAGGCAGGAACCCACCCAAACAGGAGAGUCAGCGACAAAUAAAUGCAGGGCCCAAAAACAGCAUGCCCCCCAUUCCAAAGGAUAAUCUCAGAGAAAGACCAGCAAAGUCAGCCUGUGACACUGGGAACUUGUCAGGUGUCAACAAGUCUUCCAGAAGGGUCAACCAAGAGAAAAAUGCUGUCAGGAGACAGGAGCCUCAAGGGCUGUCUCCCUUCCCCAGAGGCAAACAGAGCCAUGUGCUGAAGAAUGUGGAAACACACACAGGUUCCCUAAUUGAGCAACUAACUACAGAAAAAUAUGAGUGUAUGGUGUGCUGUGAACUGGUUCAAGUUACAGCCCCAGUGUGGAGCUGUCAGAGCUGUUUUCACGUCUUCCAUUUGAACUGCAUAAAGAAAUGGGCCCGGUCUCCAGCAUCUCAUGCAGAUGGCCAGAGUGGUUGGCGGUGCCCUGCUUGUCAGAAUGUUUCCGCACAUGUUCCUAACACGUAUACUUGUUUCUGUGGCAAAGUGAAGAAUCCUGAAUGGAGCAGAAAUGAAAUCCCACAUAGUUGUGGUGAGGUUUGUAGAAAGAAACAGCCUGGCCAGGACUGUCCACAUUCCUGUAACCUUCUCUGCCAUCCUGGACCCUGCCCACCCUGUCCUGCUUUUACAACUAAAACUUGUGAAUGUGGACGGACCAGGCACACAGUUCGCUGUGGCCAGGCUGUCUCUGUCCACUGUUCUAAUGCAUGUGAGAAUAUUCUGAACUGUGGCCAGCACCACUGUGCUGAGCUGUGCCAUGGAGGUCAAUGCCAGCCUUGCCGAAUCAUACUGAACCAGGUGUGCUACUGUGGCAGCACCUCCCGAGAUGUGUUAUGUGGAACAGAUGUGGGGAAGUCUGAUGGAUUUGGGGACUUCAGCUGUUUAAAGAUAUGUGGCAAGGACUUGAAAUGUGGGAGCCAUACCUGUUCUCAAGUGUGCCACCCACAGCCCUGUCAGCCUUGCCCACGCCUCCCCCAUUUGGUGCGAUGCUGCCCUUGUGGCCAAACACCUCUUAGCCAGUUGCUGGAACUUGGAAGUAAUGGUCGGAAAACAUGCAUGGAUCCUGUCCCUUCGUGUGGAAAAGUGUGUGGCAAACCCUUGUCCUGUGGUUCCUCAGAUUUCAUUCAUACCUGUGAAAAGCUCUGUCAUGAAGGAGACUGUGGGCCAUGCUCUCGCACAUCAGUUAUUUCCUGCAGAUGCUCUUUCAAAACCAAGGAGCUUCCAUGUACCAGUCUUAAAAGUGAAGAUGCUACAUUUAUGUGUGACAAGCGGUGUAACAAGAAACGAUUGUGUGGACGACAUAAAUGUAACGAGAUCUGCUGUGUGGACAAAGAGCACAAGUGUCCUUUGAUUUGUGGGAGGAAACUCCGUUGUGGCCUUCAUCGGUGUGAGGAACCUUGUCAUCGAGGGAACUGUCAGACCUGCUGGCAAGCCAGUUUUGAUGAGUUAACCUGCCACUGUGGUGCCUCUGUGAUCUACCCACCAGUUCCCUGUGGGACUAGACCUCCUGAGUGUACCCAAGCCUGUGCCAGGAGCCAUGAAUGUGACCAUCCAGUAUAUCAUUCUUGUCAUAGUGAAGAGAAGUGUCCCCCUUGUACUUUCCUAACUCAGAAGUGGUGCAUGGGCAAGCAUGAGUUACGAAACAACAUCCCCUGUCACCUGGUUGAUAUCUCUUGCGGAUUGCCCUGCAGUGCCACGCUACCCUGUGGGAUGCACAAAUGUCAAAGACUCUGUCACAAAGGAGACUGUCUUGUGGAUGAGGCCUGCAAGCAGCCCUGUACCACACCCAGAGCUGACUGUGGCCACCCCUGUAUGGCACCCUGCCACCCCAGUUUACCCUGCCCUGCGUCAGCUUGUAAGGCCAAGGUGGAGUUACAGUGUGGAUGUGGGAGAAGAAAGGAGAUGGUGAUGUGCUCUGAGGCGUCCGGUACUUAUCAGAGAAUAACUGCUAUUUCUAUGGCCUCUAAAAUAACAGACAUGCAUCUUGGAGACUCAGUGGAGACCAACAAGUUCAUUACCAAGAAAGAAGUACAGCGAGCCAGGCUGCAGUGUGAUGAGGAGUGCUCUGCCUUGGAAAGAAAGAAGAGGUUGGCAGAGGCAUUUGACAUCAGUGAUGAUUCUGAUCCUUUCAAUUUGCGUUCUUCAGCAUCAAAGUUCAGUGACAGUUUGAAAGAUGAUGCCAGGAAAGACUUAAAGUUUAUCAGUGACGUUGAGAAGGAAAUGGAAACACUUGUGGAGGCCGUGAAUAAGGGAAAGAAUCCUAAGAAAAGCUACAGCUUCCCUCCCAUGAACAGGGACCACCGCCGCAUCAUUCAUGACCUGGCCCAGGUUUAUGGCCUGGAGAGUGUGAGCUAUGACAGUGAACCAAAGAGAAAUGUUGUGGUCACUGCCAUCAGAGGGAAGUCCAUUUGUCCUCCUACCACGCUGACCAGUGUGCUCAACAGGGAAAUGCAGACACGGCCUCCACCACCAAUUCCUCAUCACCGACACCAGACAGACAAGACUCCGGGGAGCAGUAAUUUACAGAAGAUAUCGAAGGAGCCAGUGAUCGACUACUUUGAUGUCCAGGACUGAGACGAUAGAUACCCUGAGAUAAAAGAAUGAUUCUAUGUAGUGGAGACCCAUUUGCCAGCAGAUAGAUCAUGCCCAUUGCUCUUGUGUGGCAGAGCCCCAGCACACAUGCUGUCCUGUGCUGAUACAUCCAUAGCAUGAGUGUGUCAGAACCCCCUUCUUGGCUCCUAGCCCAAGUAUCUCGCCAUGGCCAGAUUUCUGGCUAUGUGGCCACAGGAUUCCUAGUCAUAUGUUUGAAGAGGCUCCUCAUACCACCGUGGAGAGGCUAGGGAGUAUAGUAUUUAUUUGGAUAAACCAGAAUUUUUAUUCCGAACUGGCUUGUGGCACCUAGCUGUAGUCUUAGUUAUCCCAGUUGUUCUCCUGGUGUACCUCAGUUUCCUCAUGUAGGAAGACACAUGAACUACUGACCAUUGGGAAACCACGUUGGUAAUCAUACGUCUUAAACAUAGCCAUCUUACCUAGACUUGGCUGAAAGCUCCCAUGUCUCUCUAGACUGGUGAGGUUUUAUAGAAUUCCAUUUUCUCAAGUCCCUGGCAUUUUACCGCAUUACCAUGUCUACAGGGACAGUUCAACUGUCUCCCAUAAUGGUGAGAACUUGGAGCAACUUCUUCUACCAUAUUCACACUGUGAGUCUAUGAACUGUCCACUUCUAAGUCCCUUCUGGUUGAUAAAGACUGUCACAUCACAUAGACAGCUGUUCUGUGUUUUUUUCCUAGGCCAUCAGCGGCCACACUGACUCUCCCUACACCUGAGCUCUGAAUUGUGUGGACAGUGCAGAGCUUAUGCCAAGCAGCUUACUGUCUGGAUUCUUCAGCUUCCUUCCUUCAAGGCAGCUGUGUGGCCAUCCGUAUUGGCCCCUCUUCAUUACAAGCUAGACUUCUUUUUUGUUACUGUUAUUUGGCUUUUUCAAGGCAAGGUUUCUCUAUGUAGCCCUGGCUGUCCCAGAACUCACUCUGUAGAACAGUCUAGCCCUGAACUUAGAGAUCCGCCUGCCUCUGCGGAGGCAGGGGAAGUGGUGGGGAAGUAAAGGUGUUUGCCACCACUGUCUGGCUUCUUUUUGCUUUAAAAUAAAUUUUGAACCCCCAGAAACUUGGAUCAUAAAACAAGGUACUUAAUUUUCA